AUGGGCAUCCUCGGACCCGCGGAGCUGGAGUUGGGAUUGCGCCCCGGGUUACUGCACACUUCUACCACAAGAGUUUGUUGCCAUGUCUUUUGCUGCUGCUGCGCAUUCCGCCGCUCUGUCGUCCGCACUGCUCCCCGCGUGGUCCGUGCGCAGCAGACACGACUACCGAUUGCGUCUGCACGCGCGUACUCGACGGGUGGGGCCUCCUCGGGUGGAGCGUCGUGGGUCCAGCUCGCGUUGGCAGCUGGGGUCGGAGCAGGCGUAGGAGUGGGACUCAACCUCCUCGGUGGCGAUGCAUCGUCCCUCGGGCGUGAGGCAUCGACCGCAGCCAAGGGAGCUGCACAGAGCGCCAAGGUCGCCGCCAACUUUGUCCCCAAGAAGGAGGACUACCAAAAGGUUACAACAGGAUUGCCGAGAUCCUCGAUGCCGACUAUGAUGACGGUUCGUACGGCCCUGUAUUCGUCCGUCUUGCAUGGCACUCGUCCGGGACCUAUGACAAGGACACCAAGACGCAACUACGCGACCAUGCGUUUUGAGCCCGAGGCUCUCCAUGGCGCCAACAAUGGUCUAAACAUUGCCCGUGCCAAGAUGGAAGAAGUCAAGAAGGAAUUCCCCUGGAUCUCAUAUGGUGAUCUCUGGACUCUUGGAGGCGUAGCCGCUCUUCAGGAAAUGGACGGCCCCAAGAUCCCGUGGCGCCCCGGACGCAUCGACGGCUACGCCAAGGACGCGACCCCCGAUGGCCGUCUGCCCGAUGCCACCCAAGGUGCGGACCACCUCCGAAACAUCUUCUAUCGCAUGGGCUUCAAUGACCAGGAAAUCGUCGCCCUCUCUGGUGCACACGCUUUGGGCCGAUGCCAUCGUGACCGCUCUGGAUUCGAUGGUCCUUGGACUUUCUCUCCUACCACUUUGACCAACGAGUACUACAAGCUGCUCUUGAAUGAAAAGUGGCAAUGGCGCAAGUGGGACGGUCCCAAGCAGCUGGAGGACAAGACGACCAAGAGUCUCAUGAUGCUUCCCACCGACAUGGUCCUCGUCCAAGACAAAAAGUUCAAGCCUUGGGUACAGAAAUACGCCGAAUCUCAGGAUGCGUUCUUCAAGGACUUCUCUGACGCCGUCGUUCGCCUUUUCGAGGUUGGUGUCCCUCCUUCCCAGUUUGGCGAGACCAUCCUGUUCAAGAAGCUCGAGGAGCAAUCGUGA